AUGACUAAAGAAAUUAAACCCAACGUAGACCCCAACAUCAUCAGGGUUUUUGUGGUUCGUCACGGCAGGACCGAGUUCAACAGCAAGAAAAUCAUCCAAGGCCAUCUAGACAUCGAUAUAGACGCCACGGGCGAAGAACAAGCGAUGAAAUUGGCUAAAUACUUCGAUGACUUCAAUUUCGACGCCUGUGUGACCUCAGAUUUGGUUCGUUGCCGCAGCACAAUCAAGGAUAUCUUGAAAAAAAACGAUCACUUGACCGAAGACAAUAUAAGGACCACCCCAAACUUGAGAGAAAGAAUGAUGGGCCCAGUGCAAGGGAUGUUCAUAGGCGAUGCCAAAGAGAAGUACGGAGCCCAAUUUAAGUCCAUGGGUGAGCAAGAAGAGGACCUUCUUAGCAGAGUCGAGAGUGAGUGGGAAUUGUUGGUGAAGAAAGCUACUGCUGAUGGUCAUUUAAACACUUUGUUCUGUACCCACGGGGGUGUGAUAACGUCUUUCACAAAUUACUUACACGAUGUCAAGAAGUACAAGCUUGGCGAGGGCCUCAGUGCUGAGAACUUGAGGGUUCCGUUCAACACUUCCAUAACUGUCGUGGACAUCAUUAAGAGUACGGGUGAAGGUACUAUACAAAAAUUUGGAGUGACUGAGCACUUAGGAGGACAGUUCGAGGUCAAAAACCAGGACUUGAGAUAG